AACCUCAAACCGGAAAUUGUGAACUUUGACCUCCGGCUGUCCCCUCUGUACAUGCUGGAUAUGGAAACAACGUGGAAAGAAAAAUAUUAAAGUAUUAAUCGUUAAAUGUAGGGUUGGCAGAGAGUUAGUGUCACAUGUUUUCUUCCGUCUGGAUCUAAUAACUCGACUCCCAAACACGACUAAAAGAUGGGGAAGGUGCCUAAGAAGAGGAGCAUUGCUGACAAGGUCCGCAAAGCCAAGACCUCUACUGAGAUCAAAAACAACCCCUUUGAGGUGAAAAUCAACAGGAAGAAAUUUGAUAUUCUGGGGAGGAAAAGUAAGCACGAUGUGGGUCUGCCUGGCGUGUCUCGAUCCAAAGCCAUAAACAAGAGGAAAGAAACCCUCCUGAAGGAAUACAAACAGAAGAACAAGUCCAACAAAUUAAUAGACAGACGUAUUGGCGAGUAUGACGCCAAGAUGGCACCAGAAGACAAAAUCCUGCAGAGGUAUGCGAUGGAGAGACAGCGUGUCCACGAUAAGAAGGAUCUGUACAACCUGAACGAGGAUGAGGAGCUGACUCAUUAUGGCCAGUCGCUGGCUGAGAUGGAGAAAUUCAAUGACCUCAUGAACAGCGAUGAUGAAUCAGAAGAGAAAGGUCUUUUGUCAGCCGAGCUGACCGCCUCCCACUUUGGAGGAGGAGGGGGCCUCCUGAAGAAGAAGACGGCAUCUGGGGAUCAGCAGGAGGAAGAAGGAGGCCACAGAGCCAAGUCCAGACAGGAGCUUAUCGAAGAGCUGAUCCAGAAGUCCAAGCAGGAGAAGCGGGAGAGACAGGUGCAGAAAGAAGAGGCGCAGGAACUGACGGAGCAGCUGGAUAAAGAGUGGAAGAGCAUCCAGGCUCUGAUGGUGAAGAAGACGCCCAAAGCUGCAAGUGAUGACAAACCGGAGGAGAAACCCAAGCUGGAAGAGUAUGACAUGAUGGUCAGAGAGCUCGGCUUUGAGAUGAAGGCUCAGCCGUCGGAGAAGAUGAAAACCCCGGAGGAGCUCGCACGGGAGCUGAAGGAGAAGCUGCAGAAACUGGAGGCUGACCGUCUGAGGAGGAUGAUGGGAGAUGAAGUCGGGGAGAGCACACUGAGUCAGGUCCACAUGUCUGCCGAUGAUCUCAACGAUGGCUUCAUCCUGGAUAAGGAGGACAAGAAGACCCUGUCUUAUCAGGAUGGAAAAUGGAACAUUGGAGAGGCGUCUGAGGAAGAUGAGGGUGAGGACGAAGAAGAGGGAGAGAGUGGUGAGGAGGAGGAAUCCGAGGCAGAGGAUGGAGAUGAAGAAGAAGAAGAAGAAGAAGAAGAAGAAGAAGAAGAAGAAAAGGCGGGGGAGGAUGAGGAAGAAGAAGAAGAAGAAGAAGAAGAGGAGGACGGGCAUUCAGAUCUUGAAUCGGAGCAAGAAAGUGAGGAUGAGGAGAAUAAACGGGAGGAUGAAGCUGCCAGUGCCAAACCGACCAAGACUCUCAGCAUCGAGGAGUUGAAGGCUCAGCAGGAGGCGGCUAAAGCUGAGCUCCCAUACACAUUCGCUGCUCCAGAGAGCUACGGCGACCUGAAGGAUUUGCUCCAUGGCCACACUCCGGACAACCAGCGCCUCAUCGUCGCCAGGACUCAGAAAUGCAACCAUCCCAGUUUGGCUGCGGGCAAUAAGCUCAAACUGCAGAAAAUAUUUGGUUUUCUGUUGGAGUACAUCGGAGAAGUGGCCACCAGGAGUCCACCUGAACUCGCCACCAUAGAUAAGCUCAUACCAGAGGUGUACACCAUGUGCCAGAUGUUUCCAGAAGCAGGCUGUAAGGCCCUGCAGAACAUCCUCGGAGACGCUGGUCAUAGCAUGGAGGAGGUGCUUGAGGUCAAAGGGCACGUUGCUUUCCCAUCACUAGACAUGCUCAUCUAUCUGAAAGUGACGGCCCUGCUGUUCCCCACCUCCGACUUCAGACACCCUGUUACCACUCCAGCGCUGCUUUACAUCAGCCAGGCUCUCACCAAGUGUCCAGUGAGAUCGUUACAGGACGUGACAUCAGGUUUGGUGCUGUGCUGUCUGGCAGUGGAGUACGUCUCUUUUUCAAAGCGCUUUCUGCCUGAACUCGUCAACUUCCUGGCUGGAACGCUGCAUCUGGCCGUGCAGGACAAGACAUCGCUAGAUUACACUCCGGUGCCGCCCUUCAGGCCGUCAGGGAAGUGCAGCGAUCUGCUGGUGUUGUCGAACUCGGAGUCCUGCAAGAACUGGAGCAAGAAAAGCCUUCCGUUGUCUUCUACCCAACACCUGGACCUUGAAAAUGACCUCGAGAGAGAUCACCACAGGUUGUCGUGUCUGUCUACCUGCCUGGACCUGGUGAAUAGAUGCUGCGCGCUCUACAAAGACCUUGUGUCCUUCGCCUGCAUCUUCCAGCCAAUCAGAACGCUGCUUUCCAAACAUCUCCCAGCUCAAACAUUACCAGAGCCAUUACAGGAGCUCCACGGUGAGAUCCUGGAGGCCGUCAGCAGCGCUCCUGUGGCUCACAGCCGGCUGGUGCUGGACAAGAAGAAACCCAUUCCUCUGAAGCUGCUCACGCCCAAGAUCGUUGAAGUGUUGGACUAUGGAAAGAAGCGUGGCAGCACCAGAGAGGAGAGAGAGAAGGAGCGACUGCAGCACAAGUACAAGAAGGAGUUCAAGGGCGCUCUGAGGGAGAUCAGGAAGGACUCACGCUUCCUGGCCAGAGAGAAGCUCAACGAGGUCAUGAACAGAGAUGCCGAGAGAAAGAGGAAAGUGCGGGAGCUCUUUGGCAGUUUGGCCACUCAGGAGGGAGAGUGGAAAGCCCUGAAGAAGAGGAAGAGGAAGUGAGAUACACAAUCUCUGUCUUCGUCAAAUGGACACAUCAGAUAACAACCGGCGCGAGGUUGAAAUCUGUGUAACUGUGAACGCUGUGGACUUUUUUUUUUUAAUCACAAGGAUGAAUUCAAAUUUCUUGAUUCAACUCACGUUUUUUAGAGAACAAACAUGCAAGUUGUCAAAUAUCCUGGCGUAGGCGUCUGAUGUGACGUUCAGAUCUGUUGUUGGAGGUGUCAGUCAACACAUCGGUGAAUUCUCUUUUUUUUCCACCAUGAACCAUCACUAUAACCUACUUCAAUAUAAAAAAGACAAAAAAAAUA